AGCGCUGCAGAGAGACUCGGGUGCUCAAGUGUAUUCAGGUUUCCAGGCAGGGAAGCCGCAAGACGUUCAUUUGGACCUACUUUAAAUGUAUUUCGCUGACGUUAGGUGUUACACUAUUCUUUGCUUGUUUGUAUUUUGCAUGCUUUUAUAAUUAGUCCACAUUUUGCGCUUUUAUCGGUUGCUGCAGUGAGAGCCGCUUCAUCUCCAUCAACGUCUAUUCAUCAUCCUUACUCAGCAUUCACGCACAAGCCGUAAGACUCUUAACUCGUUACAUAAGGCUUUAACGAGUUAAAUGUGGACAUCGCCGUAUCGCUAAACACCACUGACCUUUGAAAUCCAGCCGUUAAUUAUUUUAAAAGUCAGGCAUAUCUGGUGUUCAUGCCCGAUCUGCAGCGCUUCAGUUUUCCGUACCGUAGCAUGAAUUCUCCUCUCCAUCAUCAUCAUCAUCAUCAUCAGCAGCAGCAGCAGCAGCAGCAGCACCAUCAGUAUCCAGAAGGACACAGUCAUCCCGAUUCUCCCUCCGGUUUACUCCCCGAGGCUGCAAUCCUUGGAGCUCCCGAUCCAUCCUCGUUUUUCCUCGGAGAACAACCCGGCCCUGCUGGAGUCUCUCAAACCGCAUUUGACCUUACUGCAUCCUCUUAUCUGCACUUCAGUCCGUCCCUCCACUGGUCUCAACCUCCUCCACCUACAGCUAUGGCACUGAGGAACGACCUGGGAUCCAAUAUAAGCGUCCUGAAGACCCUCAAUCUGCGUUUCCGAUGCUUUCUGGCUAAAGUGCAUGAACUGGAAAGACGCAAUAAGAUAUUGGAGUUACAGCUUCAGCAGGCUUUAGACAGCAAUAACACGGGUGGAUGCGUGGAGGACGGAAACACUAAAGAAAUUGGUGUGCAGACUGGGUUCAUUGGGCCUAUCGCUGUCCGACCUGGGUCUUUGUCCUUUCAAAACACCAAUAAUUCUGCUAAACGACCCACUACGUUGUUUAUGCCCUCGCUUACGACCGUCCUCAAGCUUGAGCCCAAUAAAGCUGAUGAUGAGACCACAACUGACCCAAACACUAAUAGGAACCCAAUUAUCACGGUUAGUCUCUCAACACCCACCGUUGAACCUGGCUCGGCCAACACCAACAACUCUAAUAAUGCUCCGCAUAUGAGCAGCGUUGGCACCGGGACGUCUCCCAACCCUCCUCCUCGCUUCCUCCCGGGCACCAUCUGGUCCUACAAUCACACCCGUAAACUGGGAAGCGGGUCUGAGACUCGGGUCACCAGUCCUGGAGUGUCGUGGGUCCACCCGGAUGGCGUGGGAGUCCAGAUAGACACCAUCACCCCAGAGAUCAGAGCGCUUUACAACGUCCUGGCCAAAAUCAAAAGAGAGCGGGAUGAGUACAAGCGAAGAUGGGAAGAGGAAUACACCAUGAGGAUGGACAUGGAACAAAGAAUGAAUGAUCUUCAGGAAGACCUACAGGAGAGCGAAGUGUGUCAGGAUGAGUUGGCCCUCAAGGUGCAACAGCUGAAAGCUGAACUUGUGCUCUUUAAAGGACUCAUGAGCAAUAACCUGUCAGAGCUGGACAGUAAGAUCCAGGAGAAGGCCAUGAAAGUGGACAUGGACAUCUGCAGACGCAUUGACAUCACGGCUCGCCUGUGUGAUGUCGCCCAACAAAGAAACUGUGAAGAUCCAAUCAAGAUCUUUAAGGUUCCCAGCCCUCAGAAUGCCAUCACCUCUCGUGCCCGUAAACAAGCCUCACAACCUGCCAAUGGCAGCGAGACAGAUGAGCCAGUCAGCACGUCUGAGAGUGAUGGAGGUGGUGCGCGAGAGGAUGAAGUGUGCACCCCUUCAACCCUGCAAAUCAAUGAAGAGAUGCAGAGAAUGUUGACCCAACUGCGUGAGUGUGAGUUUGAGGAUGACUGUGACUCUCUGGCAUGGGAAGAGACAGAGGAAACGCUCCUUCUGUGGGAGGAUUUCCCAGGAUGCACUUUAACAGCAGACACCAAUCAGGGGGAGGGAUCAAUAUCAACGCUUCGUACGCAAACGUCAGCUCCAGACAAAGAGGAGUGCUUGGAAAAGGUGAUUAAGGACACUGAAUGUCUUUUUAAGUCCAGGGAGAAGGAAUAUCAGGAGACUAUAGACCAGAUAGAGCUUGAACUGGCCACAGCAAAGUCGGACAUGAACCGUCAUCUUCAUGAGUACAUGGAGAUGUGCAGUAUGAAGAGAGGACUUGAUGUGCAGAUGGAAACCUGCAGGAGACUCAUCACUCAGAGCGGAAACAAUAAGUCCACUUCUACUGUACCUGGAGGGGGUAUAGAUGCAAACGGAGAAACGGAGAGGGAUAAAACCGAGGAAGGAGGAAGAUAAUGACGUCAUCAGAUAUGAAGAAGGUGUUCGCAAGAGGAAGAAAAAGCGCCCCUCAUCUCUUCAUCAGCCCCUCUCAUGUUUUGUCUGUCCAGUCACUGCCUCUAGUGGUGGUAAAUGGAAUUACAUUGUGUGUGUUCAUUGCCCAAAAGUGAGCAUAUACUGUGACAUUUUUCCCCUGUGGUUGCACAGAGCAGAUUAACUGUUUUCACACCUACAUAAUUAUCUUAAAAGAUGAGAGUCCUGACAACAUUGUUUGCUUUUAUUUCAUUUCAACGAGCCCAUCCACCGGCGCGGGUAUCGAUCAUGUUUUCCGAUCCGAUGCGCAAAUGUCUGAGUCAUCAUAUUUUCAGCACUGAAUACAAUCACUUUUGUUUUCGUAUGUCUGGCAGAGAAUCACUGACAAUGUUUUCGCAAAGUUUCCAUUUCCUAGAGACUCCGAGGGGACAUUUGCUCACUUAGCAUUGCCGCAUGUACCGUUACGUGCCACUGUAAGCCUUGGGUCAGUAGGUGUGUUGUGCUUCCUGUCUGAGCUGUUGUAAAUACUGGGCUGUUAUUGCUAGUGAAGGGUGGAGGUAACUUUAGCCUGCACGUCCCCCAUCUUUGUGCUGAAAUUCACAUGAAAUAUAUGACAUUUCAUUCUAACGGUAUUGUGCUGAUGCCAGGCUGCUUCGGAGUCUCGGUUGUAUGCGCUCUUUGAAUAAUGAACUCUCUGACUUCCUCUUGCGGGUGGAAAACAUGAGUGAUGGGUGAGGUCAGAUGAGUGAGAUUUGAGGAUGUUAUGGCUCGAUGUAGAUGUCAGAGCGUUACGCAUGUCUACUUCUGUGUAAUUUCCUUCUACCUUUCCCCCUCAUUUUUCGUCUUUGAGAUCAGUGAUAUUGAUUCUUCUUCUCUGCUGGUGGAGAUACAUUUCAUGAAAAUGCUGUAUAUGUAAUGCUGCUGUCGAUGUGAGACCUGCUUCAGUCCAUAAAAUAUCUAGGAUUUUAAAGGUCUUUUGGAUAGUAAAAUCCUGCAGUGUAGUUCACCUUUGGCAUUUUUCUGUUUCGUAUCCUCUUAGCUAAGACCUUGCUGGUGCCUCAGACGGCUGAGGUUGAUGCAAAGAUCUGUCUGUUUGUCUGAACAGUUGUUUUCAUUGGGAACAGUCUUGUAGUCCAGGCUAAUGUGAUAAGGUGAAAGGAGAGAAGUCUAUUAGAGCAGAUCAUUUUCAUGAGUUUUUAAGAGCAUCUUAUAUCAUGAAAAUAGAUUUUGAUAGAUUAAACUCACUAAUGAAUGAUCUUACUAAAGACCCCAUGAAAUAAAUUUUCCUUAGUAUGCACUUUUAACAAGAGAUCUUAAGUCCUUUUCUGCCUCAGAGUUUCUCGUAAUUACAACUUGAUGUCUCAAAGUUGUGACUUUAUUUUACAUGAUUGCGACUUUAUAUUUUACAUUUGCAGCUUUAUGUCUUACAGCUGCAACUUCUUUUUUCAUAACUGCAAAUUUAUGUCUCACAAUUGGGACUUUGUUUCUCACAAUGGAUACGUUUCGGAAUUGUGACUUCACCAAAACUGAAAAUUCUCUCAUUAAUUACUCAAAAUAAACGUUCAAAAAGGGUGUUUUUGCAGUGAUGCCAUAGAAGAACCAUUUUGGUUCCCCAAAGAACCUUUCAGUGAACAGUUCCUAAAAGAACCAUUUUAAAGAACCUUUUCUGAAUUUGAAAGGUUCCAUGGAUGUUCAAGGUUCUUCAUGGAACCAUCAAUGCCAAUAAAGAGCCUGUAUUUUUAGGAGUGUAAGACCUUCGUUCAUCUUCUGAACGCAAAUCAAGAUAUUUUUGAUGAAAUUUAAGA